UUAAUAAUUCAUCAUUUGAAGUGUACGUUUACGAAAAUGUCGCAGUUAUUAACGAAUUACUUAUUAAUUUUCGUUGUGGUAUGUGUGCAAGGAAUCUUUGUUUCUUGUGGAAAUGCCGAUGUAUACUGGAGGGAUUAUAGAGGAACAAUCCCAAGAGACGCAGUUCCUACCGAUCAUGGAACUUACAUUGCCCAAGUAAUUAUUGAAAAUGGUGGAAUUGUUCCGGGAACUUUAUACCCGGAUAGGAAAGUUGCUGUGUCUGAAGCACCAAGCGGAAGAGUUGAAUUUUUAAACAAUAUUAAAAUAUUAUGUUCCCCACAACCUAGUGCUUUAAAAUGGGAAUACGUAAACACGAAUCAAUUAGAUGCGAAGUUCUUGGAGAAAUGCAUCGUUGGUGGAUUUGAAGUCGGACACACGCUUUAUAUUGGAAAAGUUUUCCAUCAGGGUCAAUGGAAAAUAGGAAAAGUGUUUCCACCUCAUGCUGAACACACAGGUUUGAGAGUUUGGUGGAAUGAUGGAAAUAAUUACGCUCCGCAAGAUUUUCAAAUAUUAAUGGAGCGGUAAUUUUUAGGUUUAAAUUUGUGUUUAAAAUGUUAUACAAUUUUUUAUUAGAAUUUUAAAAGUAAUAAAUAUUUGAAAUUAAAAUAUCGAAAUAUAUAUGGUUCUUCGCAUUCAGUAAUCUCUUCCCAAACUAAUCUUAAUUAAGUUUCUAAAUUCAUCUUCACCGAGCGCUAAAGUUUUGUACAAGCCAAGCAAUAAUUUCCAAAAGCUCAACCGAAUCUAAAAUUCAAACAAACCUCAAUCCCCAUAAAUCUCUUCUUUGUAUAAUGGGGUUAAUAAGUAAAGAUGCGAAGAAUCAUACAAGAUAAGGUAACCUGUGCGAUAUAAAGAAUAAUGAUAAGUUUAGCCAAGAUGCAAAUAAAUUGAAGGUUGUGUUACAACAGAGAAGAAACCCCAGAACGUUGAAUGCAACUAAUAUAAUCUCCUCUUGGUCCUCAACAAUGCUAAGUUUUGCAAAAUACCUAUAGCAAUAGCUAAGAAUAAAGCUCUUAUUUAAUUUUUAAGUAUUUAGACAAGUUUUCAAUGAUUACCAACCAGUUUGUAAUUAUUUUGAAUAACUUGGCAUAGCUAUAAGUUAUUUUGCAAUCAUUUCGACAAGAUUCCAAUCAUUACCUACCAAUUUUGCAACGUUGAAGAUUUGUUUUGAACAUCGUUAGAGGCAUUUAGAUAAGUUUCUAAACAUUACGUUCUAAAGACGCUAAACCCAAGACUUUCUAGUUCUACGUCUAGUGUUAGUUCUAGUUUUAAUUCAAUGAAAAAUAUACAACAAUCAAACGCAGAAUAAUAACUACGACUAGAAAGUUUCGGGUUUAGCCGUGCGUCUUCAGACAAACUGAAAAUUAUUGAAAGUAUGUCUAAAUGAUUAAAAACUGGUUGAUUGUCGUGGAAAACUUGGCGAUAUCAUUGAGAGCUGGUUUUUAGCUGUCCCAGGUUGUUCAAAAUGAUUGAAAAUUGAUAGAUAAUCCUUGAAAGCUUGUCUAAAUGAUUAAAAACUAGCAGGUUAUCACUAAUAACUUGUGUAUAACAUUGAAAAGUAGUUUCUAGUUAUGCCAGGUUGAUCAAAAUGAUUAAACAUAAGUUGGUAAUCUGUAUAAUAUUAUAUACACAGUUGUGAACUUGGUUGCGUACAUUACGGUUCAUAAAGUUUGCCGAACCUCGUGCUCGACUUGAGGUCAAGAACGAAUUUGAGUCGUUUACAAGUAUAGAAUAUAGAAAAAUUCUAUUAUUUACAAACCUUGCUCAAAGGUGAAGCAGCAGCAGUCAUUGCUUCACUCCCGAUAUCUGACAUUAAUUAUGGCACGGCAUGACAAUUGUUACAACGUCGAUACGAAAACGAAAAAGCAAUAAUAAAUGCUAACAUUAAAGAAUUAGUCACAUUAAGAGCUUUCUCUCAUACGUUCCAAAAAAACUACCGAGCACUUGCCGUAUUAGGUGAAAAGGUGAAAACCUGGGAUAGGCUUCUAAUUUACUUGCUAUUUACUAAACUAGACAUGAAUUCCAAACGCGAAUGGGAAAAUCACAGCAAACAUAUACAAAAACCCACUUUGAAUGAUUUCAUAAAAUACUUAAGGUUGUAGACUCACGAUCCAACAAGGUCAUAAUUUUCAAUAAUUACAAAUAAUUGUAAUGUACGACUGAGUUUCAAGAUGUCGUCCGGUCGAACGUCGUAGUAGGAAGAUAAACACAAUUUUCUUACUUGACUAUCUUUAUUUUCUCCAGGCGAAGGGGUUUGUACAGAGUAUGGUGAUCUUUUCGGUUGUAGUUUGAUACUGUUAAUAAUUGGUUUUACAAAUUUCGUGAUCUUUUAUAUUAAGUCGAAACGAUUAGAAUAAUCAUUAAGUAACGAGAAUUACCAAAGUUCGUUCUUAAUUGUUUUCGUCUUUUGGUGAUCAAUUGUUUGUUCUUGAUAUUUAAAUGACAUUUAACGGAUGUUUUCUUAGUUAUCUACUUAUGGUUACUCUAUUUUAAUCUUAAAUUUCUUAAUUAGAUUAUUAUUUGAAGUUAUAACAAGAUAAUGAUUGUUGUUACAUUAUAGUUAUAUUACAAUUG